AUGAUGGCCUCAAAGUCAUUGGCAAUUCCUAGCAGAGACGGUAUCAAAUAUGUGACAACCUCUGAAGCUCGGAAGAUAAUGUUUGGAAGAUGUGUUCAAUCUGUCAAGUGUGAAUCGAAGGCUGGUUUGGGAUUGGAUGUCAUAAUAAGAUGGAAUUCAACAUACAAGAUGCUUGCAAAGGCUGUUGAGUAUCGUGAUGCUUUUAACUAUCUUCACCACGUGGAUGGGAGAAACUUCAAGGUUAAUCCUUCAGCAGAGGAAUGGGAUCGACUAAAGCAAUUGAAUGAAUUUUUACAACCAUUUGAUGAGAUCACACAGUUAUGUCAGCCUAUCUUAGCCUAUAGAAAGACGCAUGUUUCUGUUAAUGGGAAGUCUAAACUCGAAAUUUAUCUAGAUGAACCAGUACUAGACAUGGCAAAUCAUGCUAGCAUGGACAUAGUAGAUUAUUGGAAAGAAAAUGCUCAAAGAUAUGGUCAAUUGUCUUCAAUGGCUGCUGAUCUGAUCAGCAUUCCUAUCACAAACGUUGCUUCGGAAUCAUCUUUCAGCAUUGGAUCUCGAGUUUUGAACAAUUAUAGAAGCUCACUUCUUCCAAAAAAUGUGCACGCUUUGAUCUGCAGCCGCAAUUGGUUGAAAGGUUAUGAAUCUCAUGAGAAUGGUAAGUUAGUAAUACAGUAG